UUCCGUUUACCCCACACGAAUAAUAACGCCGAUCCAAUCUCAUCUAUUCGAUGCAAUUCUCGUGCCACGCUACAUUUACAAGAAGACAUGCCAUUGGAGCGAAUUUCUGUAUUGAACGACCGCCCCGGAAUUGCAGUUACUCGCUGAGAACCUCAUAGUGCAUCAUGCGAUUCUAGAAGCCAAUGCAUCGAUAAUCUCUGGAAAAUAUAAAAGGCUGCGUUCAGAUUCGACGGAUGAUGGCGUCAAGCACCACUGCAUCUACCAGCAGCAACGAUCAUGCUUUUCUCCACGUUGCUCCCACUGCUGUUUGCCAGCCCGAUUCUGGCUGCUCUACCCCAUAAAGGUGUUGAUUGGUCAUCACUUCUCAUUGAGGAGAAAGCUGGGAAGCAGUACAAGACAACCUCUGGCCAAGUACAGCCCCUGGAAACUAUCCUCAAGAAUUCCGGAGUCAACACAGUUCGCCAACGCAUAUGGGUCAACCCUUCCAAUGGCGACUAUAACCUUGAUUACAAUAUCAAGCUUGCUCAGCGUGCCAAAGCUGCAGGCCUUAAGGUCUACCUCGACUUCCACUACUCAGACAACUGGGCAGACCCUGGAAAACAAGUCGUACCCAACGCAUGGAAGAGCUUGAAUCGUGAUCAGCUCAUCAAGCAGAUCUACGACUAUACUAAGAGCGUUAUGGACACCUUCCAAAAGAAUGGACUUCCCCUUUCGAUUGUCUCCAUCGGCAACGAAAUCACACCUGGCCUUCUGUUUCCCAUCGGCCAGCUCAGCAACAGCGAUGGCCCGAAGAAUGUUGCCGCGCUUCUGAAGUCUGCUUCCAAAGCCAUCAAAGAAUCGACCAUCUCCCCCAAACCUAAGAUUAUGAUUCACCUCGACAAUGGUUGGAAGUGGGACACCCAGCAAUGGUGGUAUGACACCGUCCUUGGGUCUGGUGGUGGCCUCUCCGCAUCGGACUAUGACAUUCAGGGUGUAUCCUAUUACCCAUUCUACAAUUCUGGCGCUACGCUUGCUGCCCUUGGUACAACUCUUCAGAACAUGGCCAACAAGUAUGGAAAAGAAGUUCAAGUCGUCGAAACCAAUUGGCCAACUUAUUGUCCCAACCCUUCCAAUGCCUUCCCGAGUGACACAAAGAACAUUCCGCUAAGCGUGGAAGGUCAGGUCACUUGGAUGAAGGAGGUUGCGAAACGGGUCACCAACGUGGGCAGCAGGGGUACUGGCUUGUUCUACUGGGAGCCAGCGUGGAUCGAUAAUGCUGGCUUGGGAAGCUCCUGUGGGUGGAAUUUGAUGGUUGCUGAUGACGGAAAGGAUAUGGGGAGCCUAAGUGUCUUCAACCAGAUUUAAACCGAGACCCAAUAAGCAAAUC